AUGCUGUGCGUCCAUAGUAACCACACAAUAAACAUCCUCAAAACGAUACAUGCGACCCAGCUGAUCUGUGUCUGUGUGAAAUCUCCUGCGCAUAAUCUGGUACUUUUUAAAGCCAUUUCUGAGACAUAAAACUGUUGGCGUUUACUCCUCAUUUCUGACAUAUACCCUGCUGAAUAAAUCGGGCAGCAUGAGGGAACUUUUCGACGUGCAACGCCAGAACUUCUGGACCGAGUCCAUCCACAAGGAAGCGUACACGCGCUUGGCCUGGCACGAGAAAUACAGCAAGGAGUUCGCCAGGGAGUCACGCCAGGGUAUCGCCCGCAAGCACCGGCCCAACAUGGUCCCCAAAGUCGCUGCCGCCGUGAAGCCCCCCAAACCCGCCGAGAAGUCGCAGAGUUUGGCCGAGCUGGCGGCCAAGAAAGAGGCCAGAAAGAAAGACUUGGCGGCCAUAGAGGACCCUGACGCCUUGCUGGUCGAAAUGAGAUCUGUAACACCGGUGGUCAAGGACCAGCUUUACAAGGGCUUCAGCAAGGAGGGCACUGGCCGGUAUGCCUACCUGCAGAUCAGGAAGUUGAAGAAACCUGAGAGCAAAUAUGAUUUUCCCAUCACCAGCUCGUGGGAGUACGGCUGGCGCUUGGACGAUGUGGUCAAGGAAUUCAGGGCACCAGCAUUUGGCCGGUCCCGCAUCGUCAAGGACUCCUUUUACCGUACCAAUGGAAUCUUCUAACACUGAUGCCUUCCUAUUCAAGAUGUCACCAGACUUUGUCCACAUCUUCACAGCAGCUCGGACAAUCUAAUGCAAUGCCACAUCACCCACCGAAGACUAAACGUUAAAAGCUGCUUACCUUUUUAGAAAAGUGCAGCCAAUUUGUGAUUUUUUACCAUUUUGCAUAAUUAUUCAGAACAAUUAUACAUAAUUUAUAUUUGUAUAAUCAUGUGUCAUGUAAUACACUCCGAGUGUAAUUUCUUUUUGCAGACUUAAUCAAAAUCAACGAUAUGAGCAAAUGUUUUAAAUGAAACCACCGCCUAAAAUCAGUGGCUUCCAUUUGAUUGAUGUCAAGAUUGUGUGUUACAUGAAUAUUGUUUAUUUUCAAGAUUAGGUAGUGUACAACCAUAAUCAUGAUUGCACAAGCUACAAAACACUUUGGGGUUCUUUCUGUAUUUUGAAUAUGCAAAAGUAGGCACAUGAUGAAGUUUAGCACUUUUCGGAGUUUUCCUGUCAGAAAGGAGAAGAUGAGGUCAUUCAUAAUUAUAACUUUUGCAAAAGUUCUUCAUUUUAUUACAAGCUUUGUAUUAAACUGUAGGAGCAGUAUUAGUUCACAUAACCAAGCAAUAGACAGACAAAGGUUACUGCAAAAGUAAAUCUUACAAACUCGACAGUA